AAUUUUAAAGUGUGCAAGUUGGUUGCAGCCAGUUAUUCAGCUUGAUUCAGCUCAGGAACAUUUUAUACCUAAGAUUGAGUUAAUUUUACAUAUUUGUUCUGUUGCUGGGAGUGCGGUACUUGAGCCAGAGGGUUUAUUUUAAAAAUGUCUGCGAAUGGCAUAAGUCCCAACUACAGUGAGCUGGAGGAUGCGUUUAUCACCGAUGCUAAUUUCAAAGUAGACAUCAGCCAAAAGAUGCAGGUGCCGAACAAGAUUAGCUUCAGCAGUGAGAGUCUGAAUGGGGGUCCACACUGGAAUGAAAACAUCAAUAUGCAGGUCCCCGAGAGGAUUCUUGUUGUGGGACAGCAUCAGCACAUGGGCACCAGAGCACCGCCACGCGAAAUCGCUUUCGACAAUUCCCUUUUACCCACAGAACCAUACCCAUGUGAUUUAAGAGUGGCCACCCCACCAAGAACACUCACAUUGGACAGAUAUCCAUUUCCUGAUGCUAAUUUUGAAGAACCUGAGCCUGAACCAAAACCGAGAGCGCACCAAGCCAAGCAGAUAGCUAGGUUUGACUUGAAUGAUUCAAGUAUAUUGCAUAGAGAGAGCAGUCCACCAAUUGGUGCUGGUGGAGACACUUUGAGUGCAAAUGACGAGGUGCUGCAUUUACGUCGUCAGAUGGCCAAAUUGAAUAGACGCGUUAUGGCUUUGGAGUUGGAGCACCUGGGGCGUCUGCAGAAAGAGAAAAUAGUAUAUGGAUUGGGCAUUGCAUACUUCCUGCUGAAAGCUAUCAUCUGGCUAAACAGGACAUGAAUUCAAAACCUCCUUCAUAUGUAGUCUCAUUUGUUCUUCUUUUCCCUUAUCUGAUUUAGCAGCAUCUGGGAUAUUUUUUUACCAACAUUUAUUACAUACCCAAGACUUACUAUUAUUUUUAUUUUCGAUUUUUUUCUCUUCAUUCAUGACAAAAAGAUAAAACGAAGCAAAACGUAAAAAAUAUUUUACUUUUAAUUUUUCAUUAUAUUAU